AUGACAAAGGUUGACCCGUCGUCAACCACCUCUUCACAAACCGUAUAUCUUCCCCAUCAACCAGUUAUUCGAGAUGCGAGUGCCACCAUUCGAUUGCGAGUCGUCUUCAAUGCCUCGAGUUUCACCUCAAACGGUACGUCCUUAAACUCGCAUCUCCACGCAGGUCCCAAAUUGCAGUCUGAUCUGCCUACUAUUCUCUCUCGCUGGCGUCAGUUUCGUUACGUAUAUAGCGCUGACAUAGCCAAGAUGUAUCGACAAAUGUGGAUCGAUCCCCGCUAUAGAGAUUUUCAGCGAAUUGUUUGGACAACCGAGGAUGGAGCGACCGUGCAGGAGCUUUGUACAGUCACCUACGGCACGGCGUCAGCGCCCUUCCUCGCCCUUCGGGUUUUGAAGCAGUUGCUUGUCGACGAAAGCGACACUUUCCCUCUCGCGGCUCACAUCCUUAUAGACAACACUUACGUCGACGACGUUCUUUUCGGAGCUCAGACUCAGUCACUCCUCAAAUCAGCUCGCCAAGAACUAUGCGCGCUUCUCGCUCGAGGAGGGUUUGUCUUGCGGAAGUGGGCCAGCAACCAUACAUCCUUGCUUUUCGACAUUCCAUCAGAAGAUCACGGGCUGGUUCUCUCGACCAUUGCUAAACUCUUUGACCCGUUAGGAUGGGCUUCUCCCGUCAUUGUCACUGCCAAGAUCUUCAUACAAACACUCUGGAGUCUUCGUGUUGAUUGGGACGAAGUUCUGCCUUCCAGCACGCAGAGUCGUUGGGCCGCUAUUUAUCAAGCUCUCUCUCAUUUAAAUGAGGUAACGAUCUCCCACUGGACGGGACAGACUUUCGACUCUCAGCGAUGCGAACUUCAUGGUUUCGCGGAGGCCUCUACUGUGGCUUACGCCGCUUGUGUCUAUUUGCGACUGAUAUCAUCUUCCGGAGAGGUCACGGUUAAGCUGCUUGCUGAGAAAUCUCGGGUCGCGCCGCUCAAACCCAUGAGCAUCCCCAGGCUGGAGUUGUCGGCUGCCUUACUUCCAGCGCAGCUUAUCACAUUUCUCCAGAGCGCUCUGAAGCUCGAUCAGCACUCCUGCUUUUGUUGGACGGACUCAACCGUCACCUUGGCGUGGAUUCAUGCUCAUCCCGCCAAGUGGAAAACUUUUGUGGCAAAUCGAGUUGCUGAGAUGCAGACUCUUCUUCCAAGCGCAGAGUGGCGUCAUGUCUCAACAGGCGACAAUCCGGCGGGCUGUGCUUCCCGAGGACUCCUCGGCUCGGAGCUUCCGACUUUUCUGCUUUGGUGGCAAGGUCCUCCAUGGCUUAGCCAAGACGCAAAAGAGUGGCCCCAGCCGCUCCUCCCGUCCUCCCAUGAUUCAGUCCCCGAUAUUCGCAAUGUUACUGUGCACGUCGUGCACACUCCUAAGCAAUGGGAAUUGUCUAGUCAAUUCUCAAAAUGGUCCACGUUGCUGCGCGUGACAGCAUAUCAAAUGACUGUCAUCGCACUCAAACGUUCUGGAUCCGCACGAUCCAAACUGCCCAGUGAAAACAAUCUAGUCAAAAUGACGUCAAAAUACUAUCAAAUUGACAAUGAGUAUGAUGUCAAAUUGAGUAAUCAAAAUGAUGGCAAAAUGACGGCAAUUUGA